AUGUAUUUUGAUCCUUUAGGAGAUGAUUCAUGCAGCGAGGAAUCUUCCGUCCAGAAGCAGAAAAAACCAGCCUGGGCUCCGUGUUUCUUCAUCAGGGAAGAUAAAGAGGUGUACUAUUAUGUUGGGCAGAAGAUCAUAAUUCAAGAAGGUCUUGACUCCUAUGGAGGCAUGAUAUGGCCAGCUGCUUUGUCUCUCUGUCACCACCUGGACACUCAUCGUGAGCAGUUGAAUCUUGUGGACAAAACUGUCCUGGAGAUCGGGGCAGGAACUGGCCUUGUGUCUGUUGUGGCCGCUCUCCUUGGGGCCUGGGUGACAGCCACAGACCUUCCAGAGGUCCUAGACAAUAUGAGAUUCAACCUGUCCAGGAACACCAGGGGCCACUGCAGAUACACACCCCAGCAAGCAGUUCUGUCCUGGGGCUACAACCUGGAGCGCACCUACCCUACAUCUGUCUACCGGUAUGACUAUGUGCUGGCGGCUGAUGUGGUCUACCAUCACGACUUCCUAGAUGAGCUUCUGGUCACCAUGAAGCAUUUCUGCAUACCAGGAACGACCCUGAUCUGGGCCAAUAAAAUCAGAUAUGAGGCUGAUCUGGAGUUCGUAGAGAACUUUAAAAAGGCCUUUCACACAACCCUUCUGGUUGAAGAUGGAGAGAUGAAGAUCUUCAUGGCGAGAUCUAAAGAGGAAGAGUGA